AAGGGCGGGUACCGGUGAAAAAAUGAACCCAAAACCCCGACUAUUAAUACGGGGCUUUAGGGUUAGGGUUUUGCAGAGCAGAGGACGUCGGCCGCUUCUUCUUCUCACCGCUCGUCGUACCUUGUUUCUCUCUGUUCGGCCGGCCUGCAAUGGCAUUCGUCAAGGCUCAGAAGUCGAAGGCCUACUUCAAGAGGUACCAGGUCAAGUUCAAGAGAAGGAGAGAAGGAAAGACCGACUACAGGGCGAGAAUUCGCCUGAUUAAUCAGGAUAAGAACAAGUAUAACACUCCCAAGUAUCGCUUUGUGGUUCGAUUUUCCAACAAGGAUAUUGUUGCCCAAAUUGUAUCUGCUACUAUUGCUGGUGAUGUGGUCCUUGCGGCAGCCUAUGCCCAUGAGCUUCCUCAUUAUGGGCUUGAAGUUGGUCUUACUAACUAUGCUGCUGCAUAUUGCACUGGACUUCUCCUGGCUCGCCGGGUGUUGAAAAUGCUUGAGAUGGAUGGAGAAUAUGAGGGCAAUGUGGAGGCUACUGGAGAGGAUUACUCGGUGGAGCCUGCUGGAGAGAGGAGGCCUUUCCGUGCUCUUCUAGACGUUGGUCUCGUGAGAACAACCACUGGUAACCGUGUCUUUGGUGCCCUGAAGGGAGCAUUGGAUGGUGGUCUUGAUAUUCCUCACAGCGACAAGAGGUUCGCUGGGUUCUCGAAGGAUAGCAAGCAGCUUGAUGUGGAUGUUCACCGCAAGUAUAUUUAUGGUGGUCAUAUUACUGCGUACAUGAGUACCUUGAUGGAGGAUGAACCCGAAAAGUAUCAAUCCCAAUUCAGUGAAUAUAUCAAGAGGGGCAUUGAGGCCGAUAACAUCGAGGCAAUGUACAAGAAGGUUCAUGCUGCUAUUCGUGCUGAACCCACAUUGAAGAAGUCAGAGAAGCAACCACCCAAGGAACACAAGAGGUACAACCUCAAGAAGCUUACGUACGAGGAGAGGAAGGCUCGGUUGAUCGAGCGACUGAAUGCUCUCAAUUCAGCUGCUGGCGACGAAGAUGAAGAUGACGAAUGAUAGGUCUGCGGGCUUUAAUGGCGCUAGGACACUUUUUGUCUUCGAACCAUACAGAAGCAGCUUGUAGUUUUGUUUCUUUUUAUUAUCGAUAUUGCUGUCAUGAGUUAAUUUUGGUUCCAUCUUUUGUCACAUUGGUAUCCCUGAGAACUUGGAGCUUUUAGCUUGUUAUCGUAUGAUGGAAUUUCAACUUUUGAUAUCGAUUUCUCUUUUAACUU